CCGCCGCCCUGAGACUCCGCAUCCGAGCGGCCGGCGGCUGGAGGGACCCGCGCUCUGCCGGAUGCGGCCCGAGGGCGCGGGGAUGGAGCCGGGCAACUGCCCCGAGAGCCUGCCGGAGGAGAGCAGGAGGGAGCACUGGCAGUUGCUGGGUAAUCUGAAGACUACAGUGGAAGGUCUGGUAUCCACCAAUAGCCCCAACGUCUGGUCCAAGUAUGGCGGCCUGGAGCGGCUUUGCAGGGACAUGCAGAGCAUCCUCCAUCACGGGCUCAUCCGUGACCAGGUGUGUUCCCUCCAGAGCGACUACUGGCAGUUUGUGAAGGACGUCUGCUGGCUUCGUCCCCACUCUGCCCUUCAUGUGGAGAAGUUCACCCACUGGCACGAGAACGGCCAGGACAGCACUGGAGGCGUGAGCGUUGCCCAGCUGUGGCUGCAGCACAGCUUGCAGUCCCACUGUCUGUCCGCCCAGCUACGGCCUCUGCUCGGAGACAGACAGAACAUCAGGAAGUUCUACACAGAUACUGCUUUCCUGCUGAGCACCGCCCAUGUCACGGCCAUGCUGCAGUGUUUAGAAGCUGUGGAGCAGAACAACCCUCGUCUGCUGGCUCAGAUUGAUGCAUCUAUGUUUGCCAGGAAACAUGACAGCCCCUUGGUGGUGACAAAGAGUCAAAGCCUGACUGCCCUCCCUGGAUCAACACACAUGCCUUCAACCGGCUACCCUCAGCCUCCCUCCUGUGGGUCUGGCCUGUCCCCUCCAGUCUCUCUCCAUGGCCCAGAAAGAAGAUCUACGUCCUCUUCCCUCUCUGGAGCUCCACAGGAGCCUGGGGACAGGAGAGGCCCUGUGUGGUCGACGGAGGCCCAGAGCACCCGAGGCUCCCUGCUCAUAGGCUCCUCCCUCGCCAUGGCUCCUCCAGCCUCACAGGGUGGGAGCUGCAGCCCUCUGACCAGCCCCAGGGAGGCCGCCAGGACCGGCAGCCAGGACGAGGGUCCCACCGAGGCCAGCGAAGGGCCUGAGUACUUGGCUAUCGGCAACCUGGGCCCCCGAGGCUGUGCUGCCGGCCCCCAGAGUCGCAGCGGCAAUGCCAAGAGCGGCAGCUCGGACGUCUUCCCCUCCAGCGGCUCCCAGAAGCUUGACUCUGCCGCUUCCUCGCAGGGGGUCCAGGAUGGAGCGGCACAGAGCCAGCCGCCCAGUGUCCCCCGCAGGUCCAGCUUCUCAGAGGGGCAGAUACUCACUGCUCCAAGUGGAGCCAAGAGGAUCCAUGCUCGUUCCCACUCGGACACCAAUGUUGCUUCCAGAGCCACGCCAGGAGGCUGCAGGAGCAUCACCAUCAUAGUUGAAGACCCCACUGCAGAAUCCAGCAGCGUUCAGUCAACGCUGAGCGGCCCCUUGCUCGGCCCUGGAGUCGGCACAGCCAGCGCUCUGUGCCUGGAGAACGAGGCUGGGCAGUACCUGUGCUCAGGGGAAGGCAUGUUCCGAAGACCGUCCAAAGGGCAGUCCCUCGUCAGCUACCUGUCUGAGCAGGACUUUGGCAGCUGUGCAGACCUGGAAAAGGAGAACGCCCACUUCAGCAUCUCAGAGUCUCUGAUCGCGGCCAUUGAGCUCCUGAAGUGCAACGUGCUGAGUCAGUGCCUGCAGGAGCCGGAGGACGGGGAGGACAGUGACCAGGAGAUCCGGGAGCUGAAGCAGAAGAUCCACCUGCGUCGGCAGCAGAUCCGCACCCGGAACCUUCUCCCUCUGUGCCAGGAGCAGGAGCCCGGGACGCUAGGCGUCCAGGCCGCUUCCAGCAGCUCGCAGUUCAGCUCCCGAGACUCGGCCCAGUUCUCCGACUCCGGCUCUGCUGACGAGGCUGAUGGACCUGAAGGCCAAGAUGCUGACAGCAGACGGAGCACAGCCUCAGUCAGCAAGUCCAUCAUCUCUUCCCAGUCCUUUCCUGCUGGCCUCUUCCACUCCACUUCUGCGGAAGCGGUGGCCAUGGGGCUCCUGAAGCAGUUUGAGGGGAUGCAGCUCCCGGCCGCGUCGGAGUUGGAGUGGCUGGUCCCAGAGCGGGACGCCCCCCAGAAGCUCCUGCCCAUCCCAGACUCCCUGCCCGUCUCGCCCGACGACGGGCAGCACGCCGACGUCUACAGGCUGCGCAUCCGUGUCCGUGGCAACCUGGAGUGGGCCCCGCCCCGGCCUCAGAUCAUCUUUAACGUGCACCCAGCCCCGACGAGGAAGAUUGCGGUGGCCAAGCAGAACUACCGCUGUGCAGGGUGUGGGAUCCGGACUGAGCCGGGCUACAUCAAGCGCCUGCGGUACUGUGAGUACCUGGGCAGGUACUUCUGCCAGUGCUGCCACGAGGACGCGCAGAUGGCCGUCCCCAGCCGGAUCCUGCACAGGUGGGACUUCAGCAGGUACAGCGUCAGCAACUUCUCCAAGGACCUGCUCCUCAAGAUCUGGAACGACCCCCUCUUCAACGUGCAGGACGUCAACAGCGCCCUCUACAGGAAGGUGAAGCCGCUGGACCGCGUGCGGCUGCUGCGGGUCCAGCUGUGCCACAUGAAGAACAUGUUCAGGACCUGCCGGCUGGCCAGAGAGCUUCUGGACUCCUUUGAUGUGGUCCCUGGCCACCUGACGGAGGACCUGCACCUGUACUCACUGAGUGACCUGACGGCCACCCGGAAGGGGGAGCUGGGGCCCCGGCUGGCGGAGCUCACCCGGUUGGGGGCUGCCCACGUGGAGCGGUGCAUGCUCUGCCAAGCCAAGGGCUUCAUCUGCGAGUUCUGUCAGAAUGAGGACGACGUCAUCUUUCCUUUCGAGCUGCAGAAGUGCCGGACGUGUGAAGAGUGUAAAGCCUGCUACCACAAAGCUUGUUUCAAGUCUGGAAGCUGCCCCCGGUGCGAGCGUCUGCAGGCCCGGCGCGAGCUGCUCGCCAAGCAGAGCCUGGAGUCCUGUAUGUCCGACUACGAGGAAGAGCUCACGGAGGCCUCGGCCCUGGAGGCCACCUGAGGAGGCCACGUGACGCAGACCUGAGCCACCCUCCCAAGGACUUUCCCCGCUUGGCCUUUUUAAAAUAUACCUGCCAUUAUUAUA